GGCGCACGUAUCCCGAGUGAAGGCGAUGACGAGUGCGGAGAUCUGCGGCGAGCAUCAAUCAUGAUGCUGUUGAAGCCAUGGCGAAGAUUGACAGACCUUAAAGAUGCGGGGCAAACCUGGGAGUCUGCAUACGACAUGUUCAUGUUGGGGGCCACCACGAGGGACCAUAGAGUCAUCGCCGGCCUUCAGUACUUCCACGACUGU